AUGCAGGUGAAUUGCAGUGUGGCAAUGAACAUCAUAAGUGCUAUAAUAGCAUUAAUUGGCAUCGCCCUAUAUAUCUCAGAGCUGAAUCUUGUCAAAUAUCUAAGUGCCAUUGGGGUGAGUGUCCUGCUCCUGCUGUUCAGUUUGCUGGAGUUCUGCAUCACUGUUUCGACAGCGCAUUUUGGAUGCCAGGUGGCCUGCUGUAAGAGAGAGGUCUCAAGUUUUGUGCCAUACGGUGUGACUGUUGCGAGUGUGGCUCCUCCUGUUGCAAGUGUGAGUCCUCCUCCUCCUCCUCCUCCAGCCUAUAACAAUGUGUCUCCUCCUCCCAAGACAGAGGCUUAUUAA